CAAAAGUGAACGAAUCCCCCCAAUGAUUCUAACAAGUGUGAUAUAAAAAUCUAUCGAAUGUUACGUCUAUUUUGUACUUCGUCUAUGGUUCUAACUAGCGUGUGACAUUAGAUUGUAUGUAUUGAGUGAUAGAUUUGAUUUAUAUCAUUCCCUGUGGUUGUACCUCAUUUUCAAUAACAACAGCGGUGUUUGAUAAUAAUGAAACGCGAACUUUCGUCGACAUCGAAAGAAAAUCAACCCACUUCGUCGUCAUGUAUUGAGAAGAGAAGGCAAGAGGGAAAAAUUCGUUUAGCUGUUGUCAGUGGAUUUUUUUCAACUGUCGGAAGUCUAUUUGGUAAAUUCGCCGGUGGUGUUGAAACCGAUUCCAUUUCCGGAUUGCUGCUUAAAGGAGUAUUUUUAGUAUUAAUGGUAACAAGCAACACUGUGGGCUGCACAUUUUUCGUUAAAGCACUCAAUGCCAGCGGAUCUUCUUUACCAUGCACAAUAACUAGUGCCGCCACCAGUUACAUUUGCUCGGCUUUCGCGGGUUCCUUGAUUUUUAAUGAAUCAACGUCACUGAUUUGGUGGUGCGGUAUAUCCUUCGUUAUUCUGGGUUUAUUGCUCAUCAGCUGUACUCCAUCCAAAGAUGAUUAUGUACCUUCCUUGAAGAAGUCGAAAAGCCAGUAACUUCUGAAAAUAAUUCGUAAACGUCUUCCUGCUAUUUUUGAACAUCACAUGUACUUGGUUUUAUAUAUUUUUUUUUACAAGCGUAACAGCACUAUUUAUUUCAAUAUGUAUUAAAUUGAAUAAAUAAACAACUAUGUUGUUUAAGUCCAA